AUGGUACAAGAAGGUGGAGAAUGGGCGCGGAUCCCCUCGGUUCAGUCAAUCCAAACCCUCAACUCUGUGCCCUUCCCUUCAACCCCGAACCAGUCCCAGUCGUCAGUCGCACAGGGUAGGGUACAGGUCGAUGAAUCCAACACAAGCGUCGCCCCAGGUCUCGGAAUUCGGAACUACCUUGAUCUUCAUCCCAUACGCACUGGUACUGGUCCGCCAACGGGCCAAAUCCAAGUCAUGUCUUUCCCCGAUGUCGGUCAACGACAUCUUCUCCCUUCAGCCCUAGGCUCCGCCCGUGCCCGCUUGCAAGUGGAGUGCUUGCCCUGCCCGAGAGCCACCGAGUAUUGUCUUGAGAACUAUCAAUGGCUCGUCAAGGCGCUCACCGGCUUUAACUAG